UAUAGCCCUUAACGUUGUGCUUCUUUUUUUGUGUUUGCUCUUAGGCAACACACACAAUCGCUUUGUGCUACAGAGAACGGAUAUGAACCUUCUGUCCGUGGCCACGACGCAAAGCUUCCAGUUCCACAUCCCUGGUGGUGUGGAAGAUCCAACGGACUAUCAAUUGUUGGUUCAAGUCACUGAUGAGUUUGGAGGAACCAAAGCACACCAGCUAACCAGCACAGCAACAGUGGUUAUACAUGUUAUCCCAUGGACAACAACGCAACCAACCACCAGUACACCAACCACUCCGUUUACCACAGCUGUGCUGAUACGGAUCUCGUGGUACUGGAGUCCGGAUGGUUGGUUUGUGGCCCUGCUGGUUUUAUUAGGAGCAUCCGCUUUUACAGGACUCUACGUACUGGCGUGGGCUCUCCUCAAGAAUCAUCCCAGAUAUGGCCGGUUCUUUCCGAAAUGUGAGAAACCUGAAAAAACACCUGGGAACCACAUCACUAAAGCUGGCCCAAAACGACCAAGGAGUUUCCCUCCAUUGGAUGAAAAGCCAAACUUAAGUGACAAAUGGACACUACUCCCUGUUGAUUCACUGACAGGAUUUGGCCAACCUUUGGAUCAGUUUGAUGGACGUACUGUAGAUGAAGUGUCGGGAAAAUCCUAUUUAUUCAACAGCCGGACUGGGCAGAGAAGAUGGGUCAAUUAAAACUUGUAUCUACAAGAGAAAAUUGUCUAGAAGCAAUUACGAACACAAUUUGCACCUAACUUCAAAAGGACUUGUUUUUAGUACGUGCUCUUGCAAACAUUCUGAACAAUCAUACAAGGCCGGCUUAUAUGUGAUUGACUAAGCUGCUACUGUAUUGAAACUUUUGCUAAAUCCCAGUUAACAAUUUCUUUAUUCACUACUGAUAUCUGUCAAACUAAAAUUCCAUCUUACAAUUUACAAUGGUACUGUGGGUUGACCUUAUAGCAUGGUGCUUUCAAUCAGAAGUCGUGAACUCUAGCCUUGUUGGCACUGUUCACUUUGAGAGCACACAUAGGGACGGAUUACCUCUCCAAAGACGUUACUUUCAAGCAUUUUCAAAUGUUAUCUUGUAUGUUGUGGGUGUUAUUCAGAUUGUAAAAUGGCAAAUGGGUAAUUACAACAACAAUGUGACAGAGAAUGUAGAAACAAAGAACAACAGAUGCUGGUUAAUACACAAAAGAAUGACAAAGUGCUGCAGUAGCUCAACAGGCGAGGCAGCAUCUCUGGAGAACAUGGAUAGGUGACGUUUGGGGUCAAGGCCUUAAACAUCACCUUUCCAUGUUCUCCCGAGGUGUUGCCUGACCAGCUGAGUUACUGCAGCACUUUGAGUACAUCAAGGUGAUAUGGAGCUGUUUUGAUUUCCGCAUUCCAAUGAGCAUGGCCAUCUCCCCUUUACUGCCACACGUACUUCAUCGUUCUGGGCUGGGAAUAGGAGAAAUCAAACAAGGCUUUGAAUUUGGGUCACUACCAGGUUGGAACUCCUCCUGUUUGAUAAUGAGCUAAAGCAACCUCUUUUAUAGUAACCCCAACUUUUAAUGAAAUUACCAACAUGAACUUUUUAGACUGGCAUAGAGAACCGUUGCUUUAAUUGGCAACAGAAAUAACAUAAGGCUGCAAAUACCCACUGAAUAAACGGUGUGUUACAGGGUUUCAGAAUGGAGAUAAAAUGUUUUAAGAAUAAAGCAAUAAAGACUUUACUGCUGGUAUAAUUAUCAUACACUACUGCCAGGUGAGGGUUUGCUGCAUUUCCCACAGUCCAACAGUUUUAUUGGCCUUUUACAGAUAUUGUUUACUUAAUCAACAUCACUUCUUGUAACUGCGAGAAAUAUACGGAUUGUAUGGCCAAUUUUGCAUGAACAUUUCAAAAAAUAUGAACUUAUGAUAGAUUUGCAGGUUGGUUGAGUUGGCAUGGAGGCCUUUAUUUUUUUUUGGGUGAAAAUACUUUCAAUAUGAAAGACUCCACCACUCGAUUAAAGGAAUAGUUCAGUUAUACGGGAGUAUUGAGAGUAUCUGCAUAACUACAAGGAAACUUGACAUAGUUAAACACAAACUGAAAGGAAAUACGGUGAUCUCAGUUCUAAACCAUUUAGUUGAUAAGACUGAGCAAAAGAGGAAAUCUUUUGCUUAUUUAAUUGGAUAUUUAAGGAUUUGGAAAUUACACAGUUCCACGGAAGGGAAGCAGGUUGUUGGCCCAGAGAAGUUUGUGCUCAGCCAUUGCCACAAUUCAUUUUUAAUCCCAGUUUGCUCCAGAUCUCUAAUCGUCUUUCUAGAGAAAUAACGGUUUCCCUUUUUGAUGUCUCAACUGGUUUUGGCAGCCAUAACAGUUUGGUCAGUGCUCACGGACGCAAGUUUGCUGGAUUCUCUUUCUGUUGUAGUACUUUGAAUCAUACUCUGCCAACACUCCAUAUUUGUUAUACCACAAAUUACAGAGCCAAUGUCAAGAUCUGCACUUUACUGGCUCGUGUUGGGCAUUCAUAUGAUCAUAAAACAUAGCAGAAUCAGGUUAUUCGGCCCAUUGAGUCUACUCCUCUAUUCGAUCGUAGCUGAUCUAUUUUUCCCUCUCAACCUCUUUCUCCAUCUCCCUGUAACCAUUGACACCUUUACUAAUCAAGAACCUAUCAAUCCAUUUUUUUUAAUACCCAAUGACUUGGCCAUGUGACAUUGAAUUCCACAGAUUCACUACCCUCUGGCUCAGGAAAUUCCUCCUCAUUUCCAUUCUUAAGGCUUGUCCUUUUAUUCUGAGGCUGUGUCCUCUGGUCCUGGACUCUCCCACUACUGGAAACAUCCUUUCCACAUCCACUCUAGGUUUUUCAUUGUUUGCAAAACCUGCACUUCGCAUGAUGAAUAGUAUGUUGAUUAUAUAUUUGUUUUGUCUUGUACUCUAUGGAGAUAAAAUUUUCUGUAUUUUUCCAAAUCGGUUUAAUAGAAUAAAAACAUGCGGCACGCAUAAAAUAUGUAUUAAUCAGA